ACUUGCCGGAAGCAACGGUCGCCGCGGCAACGGCAUGCAGCGGAAGUGGCGGUCGCCCGAGCAACGUCGUGCCGGGCCCUCCUUCUCGCUCUUCCUCGCCUUCAGUCCGCGGCGCAACGCGCUUCUUCUUUAGGCCGGCGCCUGCCGGGAGGGAAGCGGCCUGGCCUGGGCCUCCGUCACGAUGUGCACCAAAACAAAGAAAGUUAAUGCAUUUGCACGAGUCAAGCCAACAGCCAACUUUCCUCAAGACAUGAUCAAGUUUGGGGCUGAUAACAAAACGAUAGAAGUAUACAUUGAGAGAGACCGCACGAAAGGAGUUGUCAACAACAAACAAACUGACUGGUCUUACAAAUUAGAUGGCGUUCUUCACAAUGCACCGCAGGAUCUGGUUUACGACACAGUAGCCAAAGACCUGGUCUCCCAAGCCCUUAAUGGAUAUAAUGGGACUAUCAUCUGCUACGGACAAACUGGGGCCGGCAAGACAUAUACCAUGACAGGAACAACAGGGAACUAUCAGAAUCGUGGGAUCAUUCCCCGAGCUAUACAGCAGGUGUUCAAGUCCUUGGAGGAACAUGCCAGUCAGUUCAUCACUGUCCGGAUUUCUUACCUGGAGAUCCACAAUGAGACCAUCUUUGAUCUGUUGGCCACUUCGCCCCAUGACGUGCCCAGUGACGCGCCGCUGUCUGUCGUCGAAGGCCCUCAGGGGGUCUCUGUGAAAGGCCUGUCUGUGCAUACCGCCCCCCAAGAAGAAGUGGCUCUAAAUCUCUUGUUUGAGGGUGACACCAACAGAUCUGUUGGCCAGCAUGCUUUGAAUAGGAACUCUUCCAGGUCCCACUGCAUCUUCACCAUUUAUAUUGAGUGUCAUUCUAGAAUUCUUUCAGAUGCCAGAUAUGUCACCUCCAAAAUUAACCUAGUGGAUCUGGCAGGCUCAGAGAGACUGACAAAGAGCCGAUCAGAGGGAUCUGUCCUGAAGGAAGCCACUUACAUCAACAGGUCCUUGUCAUACCUCGAGCAAGUCAUCCUUGCACUGGCGGAGCGUAACCGGGAGCACGUUCCCUUCCGGCAGAGCAAGCUCACCUACACCCUGAAGGACUCCUUAGGUGGGAACUGCAAUACUGUUCUGGUGGCGAAUAUCUGCAGUGAAGCCAUUCACGUCGUGGAGACGCUGUCCACACUCCGUUUUGCGACCAGAAUGAAAUGGGUAACCACGGAGCCAAUUGUUAAUGAAAAAAUUGACUCAGAGCGAAUGGUGAAGAAUUUGGAAAAAGAGGUCACCUAUCUGAAGGAUGAGCUGGCCAUGCACAACAGUCUGCUCAAUCGUCCUCCAGUAACGUAUGAGCCCCUGAACGAAAUCCAGGUAGCAGAGAUCAACUCUCAAGUCCGUCGGUUCCUCGAGGGCACCAUAGAUGAGUUAGAUAUUGUGAGCCUCAGACAAAUCCAAGAAGUGUUCAGCCAGUUCAGAGUGAUUUUGAGCCAACAGGAGCAGGAAGUGGAGUCCCGGCUGCGGAACAGAUACACCCUCAUAGACAAAAAUGACUAUGCGACCCUCUCUGUAGUCCAAAAGGCAGGGCUGGUGGAUGCGGAGGGCCACCUGGUCGGAGAAGUUGACGGGCAAGGGUUUGGCAUUGGAGUGGCUCCUUCCUCGUCCAAGCCCGGCGGGAAGAGAGCGAAAGCAAAGAAAGGCAAGGAGCAAGUCAGCCCCAUCGUGCGGAAGGAAGGACUGGCAAGCCCGCUUUCUGGGAAGGACCUGGAUUCGUCCGUUUCCCCAUCGCGUAGUCAGUUGGCAGCAGCCAGCAAGGAUGCCGAAACAAAGGAGGGGCUGAUGCGGGAUCAGGACGCCGGCAGCGUCGAGACCCACCGCUCCGAAUCUGCACCCAAGGAGGAUUCUGUCACCAGGCCUAGCUCCCCACCCCCCAAGGCCACCGCCUUUGAGGACUUCAAGAAUGAACGUGGCAGCGAGAUCAACCGGAUCUUUAAGGAGAACAAAGCCAUUCUGAACGACCGCAAGAAAAAAGCGGGCGAGGUCACUCAGAGGGUCAACCGUCUCAAGCAGGAGAUGGACACUACUAAGCAGGCCUUGGAGGCCCAGAAGGUUGACCGGGAGCAACAGGGAGAAUACCUGAAUGAGGAAGGACAGAUCAUCAUUGAUGAAGAAGAAUUCCUGCUGAUCAUGAAGCUGAAGGACCAGAAGAAGCAGUACCAUGCAGAUUUCAACGAGUUACGAGACCUCCGCUCUGAAGUCCAGUACUGCCAGCACCUGGUGGACCAGUGCCGCAACAGGCUUGUCACAGAAUUCGAGAUCUGGUACAAAGAGUCCUUCCUCAUCCCAGAGGAAAUCCAGGAGGCCCUGAAGCCCGGAGGAGCCAUAAGGCCUGGCAUGAUUCCAAUUAACAGAGUCCUGACUCUGGAUGAAGAUGAACAGGAGAUGUUUGACCGGAUGCAAGAAGAAGUGCUGCCGUUCUGCCCGGCUUCUGUCUCUUUCUACAAUGCCAAAGCAAAGACGGACCGCAAGACUGGCAGCAGCUUCUCCAAGGCGACAGGCAGGAGUCUCUUUCAGCCCUAUCUUGGAGAAGCUGCCAGGGAGGGAACGUGGAACCUUCUGCCCGCAGAUGAAGUAAAUAAAUCGAAAUCUAUCAGGAGUGUGUGGCCAGUGUUCUGAACCCCAUGUGAGCAAAAUCUUCAUGUCAUCAGCAUAUAAAAAGAUUUAAAACUACUGGAAAGAGGAGGCUGCUAUUAUCUUCAUGCAUAAUCCUGCUCAAGCCAAUGAGAUUCCUUCUAGGUUAUGACUGAUUGAUUGAUUAAGAGCUGUCAAGUCAGUGUCGACUCUUAGCGACCACAUCGAUGGAUUCUCUGCAGGAUGGUCUGUCUUCAACUUGGCCUUGAAGGUCCCUCAGUGGUGCAUUCAUUGCUGUCAUGAUCGGGUCCAUCCACCAUGCUGCUGGUCGUCCUCUUCUUCUCUUUCCUUCCACUUUCCCCAAUAAAAUAAAAAUUAUGGACUUCUCAA